UCGUAACGUGUGGAGACUGUUCCCGCGUCUUGUUACGAUAUAUGUAUGUGCUUUAAUUUCAGUUAUUAUGCAUAAUGCAAUUGAGCACUGUACUGAAACAUUUGACAGUUAAAAGCAGUCAAUUUCUGUCGUUUUUAAGGCUGUGACUUCAAACGAUUAGUUGCAGUUUAUUCUAGUGGUGCCAGGAAUUGUUAUUUGUACAUGCAUAAACCACACUUUGCUUUCAGAUGUCUGAGGAGAAACUGGUUACUCCAGAGGAAUUUCCCUUCCCUUUCACACCUUACUCAAUUCAGUUGGAUUUUAUGAAGCACCUCUAUAGAACUCUGGAAGAGGGGAAGUUAGGGAUCUUUGAGAGUCCCACAGGAACAGGCAAGUCCCUGAGCCUAAUUUGUGGUGCACUGCGCUGGUUAUCGGACCACGAGGACAGGAUACGACGGCAGCUCAGAACGGCCAUCGCCCAGCUGGAUGCAGUGGCUAAUAAUAAUGAUGAUGGUGGUGAUUUUGAUUGGUUAACCCAGCAGGCACAGCACGUGCAAGUGACACAGCAACGGUACCAGUUGCAGCAGCGACUGGACAAGAUUCUGCGCAGCGAUCAGAAAUUGGAACAGUUGCGCAAGCGCAGAGAGAAGAAAUUGGAGCUGCGGUCAGAGAACUCUGCACAAGCAACGAAGCAGAGAGAUGUGGGCGAUGAGCCGCCUGAAGCCGACACUGAUCUGGAGAACGAUGCCGACAUCUUGCUGGAGGAAUGCUGUGAUACUGACAACACACAAGACUCUGAUCCAGAGCCAGAAGAAGAAGAAGAAGAGAAUUACAGAGGCGUGAAGAUAUACUUCUGUAGCCGCACACACUCGCAGCUUGCGCAGUUUGUUGGGGAGGUGCAGCGUAGUCCGUAUGCACAGAACAUUCGCCUCGUUUCAUUGGCCUCCAGGCAGAAUUACUGCAUCAACAAGACUGUGCAGAAACUCAAGAGUCUCUCCCUUAUAAAUGAACGGUGUACCGACCUGCAGCGUCGGAAGAAGGGUCAAGUUACCGUAACAGAUAGCUCAGGGAAGGCGGUGAAGAAGUCUCGUGGUUCUUCUGGUUGCCCCUAUCUUCAACCGAGGGCGGUGGAGGGGCUUCGAGAUGAGGCGCUGCUAGAGGUGCAAGAUGUGGAACAGCUGGUGACUGUAGGACGGCAGCUGUCGGCAUGUCCGUACUACGGCUCCCGGGCGGCCGUGGGUGAUGCACAGGUAGUGGUGGUCCCUUACAACACCUUGCUCCAUAAGAACACUCGCAAGGCAUGUGGCAUUAACCUGGAAGGCAGUGUAGUCGUCAUUGAUGAGGCACACAACUUGCUGGAUACGAUCAGCCACAUCCACAGUGCUGAGGUGACCGGACAUCAGCUUACACAUGCUUACAGCCAGUUGAACCAGUAUCAGGAUCGCUAUAGGAGCAGGUUCAGUGCUGCCAACCUGCUUUACCUAGGCCAAGUCAUCUUUGUUGUUGGCAGACUUAUUCGAAUGUUGGGUGGCAAGCCGGGAUGCAGCCCCGUUGAUAGCAGCCUGAAGGGUGUGGACACGAAGCUGUACACGUUGGCCGAGUUUGUGCUGUCAGCAGAAAUAGACAACAUGAACUUGUAUAAGCUGGUGAAAUUCUGUGACAGCAGUAAGAUUGCCCAGAAGCUUCAUGGAUUUGCUGAGCGUUAUCAUCCAGCAGUCGCAGUAAACAGCGCUAUUAAACGAGAACAAGAAAAAAAGGGCAUAAUGGCAUUCCUCAGAGAAAUCUCUGUUGGCAAUGUCUCUGCACCCAAACAAGACACUGCCCCUGCAGCAUCUGCCCCAGAACCCAUCCUGAGCAAUAACCCCUUGCUCUCUGUGCUGGGUUUCAUGGAGGCUCUUACAAACCACUGUAGUGAUGGGCGUGUUGUGUGCAGCAGGAAGGCGACAGUGGGGUGUGGCACUCUCAAGUUCCUCCUGUUGAACCCAGCUUCUCACUUUUCCAGCAUCGUUAAGGAGGCAAGGGCGGUGGUGGUGGCCGGCGGCACGAUGCAGCCGCUGGAUGAGUUCAGGGUCCAGCUGUUCAAGUCAGCAGGGGGAACAGAUGAGCGACUCACCGAGUUCUCCUGCGGCCACGUGAUUCCUCCAGAGAAUAUCCUGCCCAUUGCCUUGGCUGCUGGCCCUUCGGGGAAACAGUUGGACUUCUCGUAUCAGGCUCGCACGAUGCUGGCGAUGCUGAAUGAGCUGGGAAGAAUCCUAACAAAUGUCUGUAAUGUUAUACCUGCCGGAGUCGUGUGCUUUUUCCCAUCGUACGAAUACGAGAAACUCGUGUUUGAGCAUUGGGAGAAGAAUGGAGUUAUUUCAAAGUUGGAAAUUAAGAAAAAGGUUUUCCGUGAGCCAAAGAGGUCUGGCUUGGUAGACAAAGUGUUACAUGAGUACGCAGCUUGUAUUGGCAGACCAGGAUCAAGUGGAGCAAUAAUGUUCAGUGUUGUUGGUGGAAAGCUGAGUGAGGGCCUGAACUUCAAUGAUGAUUUGGGUCGCUGUGUGAUUGUGGUUGGCAUGCCGUACCCAAACAUCAAGUCACCAGAGCUCCAGGAGAAGAUGAACUACCUCAAUGCUAAUGUUGGUCCCGCAGCCGGACAAGAGCACUAUGAGAACUUGUGCAUGAAGGCAGUGAACCAGUCUAUAGGACGGGCCGUGCGACACAAGAACGACUAUGCCGCCGUCCUCCUCCUAGACCAUCGCUACGCUCGGCCGCACACGCGGGCCGCGCUUCCGGGCUGGAUCAGGGCCUCUCUGACCUCACACGCCAAGUUUAGUCCAGCUUUUGCAUGUCUCAACAAGGUGAGUUCAUAUCCGUCGUCGGUGGUUGGAGAACGCGGAAGAAAGGCCGGCACUGUCGUAGCGCGUCAGCUUUAAGGAAGUCUGAGGGUGUGGUUAGAUGCUGGCUUCUUAAAGCAGAGACCCAGGUUCAGUCAGAUUGAUUCACGUGGAAUCUAUACUGACCCUAGAGCUGUUUAAAACUAGUUUUGUGCGACAGUCGUUGUUUCGUUUUGCCCCAUUUCUGUUGCUGCCCUCCGUUGUAGCUUUCUCAUGCUCGAAACGUCAGCUCGAACCUGUAAUUUUACUGCGCUGUUAAGGAGUCUGUCAGUGAGCAGGAAUAUCCCCACAUAAACCUGACGAGGGAUCCUUUUUC